CAUCAACAAGGCUCUGCCCCAGAAACAGCAUGUCGAAGGACGCGAUUUCACCGGCCGAGGGGAGAGACCCUCAGGGUCAGGCUCAGGCUUCUGUUGAGAAGCCACCCAUGUCAAAGGGAGAGAAGCAUGAACCACUUCGAGUAGACCAUGACAAUGAGCAGGAAAAUAUCAAGGGAGAUCAAACACAAGCUGUUGAUUAUUCUGGUGCCCACGAAAAGAUGGACCCUCGUGAAAUCGCACUAGUCAAGAAGCUGGACAGAUGGAUGAUGCCCAUUCUGUGGCUGAUGUACUGGCUCAACUAUCUGGAUCGUAAUGCCAUCACCCUUGGUCGUCUCAACAACCUGGAGAAAGACCUAAAGCUCCAACCGGGCGAGUACCAAACUUGCAUCUCGAUCCUCUUCGUCGGCUACAUCCUUAUGCAGCUUCCAUCCAACAUGAUGCUCACCCGCGUCCGUCCCAGCAUCUGGAUGUCUUCCUGGAUGGUCCUAUGGGCCAUCGUCAGCACCCUGACCGCCGUAGCCAAAGACUACACCGGCCUGCUGCUCACACGCUUCUUCCUCGGAAUUACGGAAGCCCCCUACUACCCCGGCGCACUGUACAUGCUGGCGCAGUUCUACACCCGCAAGGAGAUCGCCACACGCAUCGCCGUCCUGUACACCGGAAACAUCCUCGCCACCGCCUUUGCGGGCCUGAUCGCCAUCGGCAUCUUCGAGAUGGACGGCAUGCUGGGCCUGUCAGGUUGGCGCUGGCUCUUCAUCAUCCAGGGCAUCGUGACCCUGCUCGUCGCGUUCGCGAGCUUCUGGCUGCUGCCCGACGAGCCGUUGCAGACGCGGUGGCUGACCGAGUCGGAGCGGCAGCUGGCGCACUCGCGCAUCAUCCGCGACACCGUCGGUGAGAAGGGCGUCACGACGACCUUCAGGGGCAUGUUGGAGGCGGCCAAGGACGGCCGGGUCUGGCUGUUUGCCUUUAUGCAGCACAUGCACCUCGGCGCCAACGGCUUCAAGAACUUCUUCCCCACGGCCGUCGAGACCCUCGGCUUCGACCAAAAGAUCACCCUGGCCCUGACCUGCCCCCCUUACCUGAUCGCCGGCCUCACCGCCAUCUGCUGGUCGUACUCUUCCGGCAAGUUCAACGAGCGCACCUGGCACCUCACCAUCGGCAAGUCGUUCGCCAUCGUGGGGUUCGUGCUGGGCUGCGCGACGUUGAACACGGGUGCGCGGUACUUUGCAAUGAUUGUCUUCACCGUCGGCACCUACUCGGCCAACAGCAUCAUCCUCGGCUGGGUGGCAAGCACUUGCUCGCAGACAAAGGAGAAGAAGGCGUCGUCGCUGGCCAUUGCCAACAUGGCGGCCGCCAUGUCUUUUAUCUGGACUCCGUACCUCUGGCCAGAUUGGGACGAGCCGCGCUAUGUCAUUGCCAUGUCGUCAAGUGCCGCGCUCAGCGUCGCCACCAUCUUGGGCGCCUGGGCCAUGAGAUGGUGGCUGCGGGCGAUGAACAAGAAGAUCCGGGCGUCGGACAACGAGGCUGUUAUAUUUUACGCUUACUAG